AUGACAGGAUCCAAGAAAAAGACUUUGUCCGCAUCUUCCAUAUCCUCAUCAUCCUCUGCAACUUCUUCUUCAUCAGUAUUUGAAUCAGCAUCAUCUUCAACAUCAUCUACAUUAUCUAUGUCUUCCCCUUAUUUGACAGCCACCUCACCAGAGGAGGCGAAUGGAGACGUAGCGGCCAAGACUUCAGUCAAUGAUACAGUCCUUGCUGCCUCUCCUUCCACUUCUACUUCCAUUUUACCAGUUAAACCUAUAAAUCUCCUUAAUCAAGCUGCAGCCUCUGACGUCUUGAAGCUUGAUCAGACCGUGAGUCAGGAUGCUAUCAAGGGGGUUCAGAUAGAAGCCGAAGACCCUUCUCAUCUGUUCUGGGUCCCGUUCCAUAUGCAUCCUGAGAUUGCACCCAAUGAAUAUAACAAGUGGCUAUUGAAACAUGGUGUAGACUCGAGUGGCAAUGGUGGUUUGUUAUCUGCCAGGAAAGCAUCUCUUAACCGUCGUAAAUCUGUGCUUUCUUCCCAAUAUAAUCCUGGGGAAGACGAUGAGGAUGAAAAACAGACGAGCGAUAAACUCAAGAAAAAAUUAAGCAGCCGUCAGAUGAAUAAAGAUGUCACUGGAAAAAAUAAGGGGCAAGAUUUCCUCUCUGGUAUUUUCUCUGUUCCAUUAGAGAAUAUGGGAGAGCCGCCUUUGAAAACAAAGGCCUUAUUAAGAAGGUCCUCCAGUCAUACGCAAGCAUCUCCUCGCAAAGGUGAUGAGCCUGGAUUCGAUGCGAUAGCUGAGAAUACUAUGGACAUGGCAGCCGAAGACCUUGCAACCGUGAAGCGCGGAAGUGCCCUGACUAGGCACGGGCUCUCUUUGUUGAGAAGGAGCGCGCGAACCAAAAUUCGUAGGAAUUCUACAACAUCAAGUGAAAGCAAGAACGAUACAUCGCGGUUACGACCAUCAGUGAUUGAAAAUGGCGAUUAUCCCGCUGUGACACUUGUUGAUCCUGGACCAUUGCCAUUGCCUUCAUCAUCUUUCACGUCAAUAUCCCCUGAGGUGGCCACUGCAACAGCUCUCUCAACCCCAGUGACAAGCACAAUUGCUGCAUCUCCAACCAUCAAUAACAACGGUCUGGCUGUACGAGCAGAGCCAUCAGGCCCAAAGCCAAUAAAGCGGUUUGUCUCAACACUCCGCGACCCCUCCAAACCCACUAUAACGACGUAUGUGGAGCCACAGCUCUUGGAACAACGUCAAAAGGAGAUCGAGGAAGCAUUACGUUCAUCGAUGUCCACAUCUAGCGCUCCUAACCUCGCUUCUCUCACUGUCUCAGCGGACUCAUCCAAACAAGUCCAAGCUAAUGCUGUGAGGUCUGUCGAGAAAAGCACCACUUUGAGUGUUGAAAGUGCUGUCGUCUCAAAAAUUUCAUACCCGAUCCCUCCCCCUGUGAAACUAAACCAAAACUUGCUUCAACAACAACCUCUGUCAUCAUCCAAAAUAUCCCCCUCGCCAGUCUCAUCCACACAAAAGCAUACUGUAACUAUACAAAAACAAUCAAUCUCAACAGCACCAUCUCAAGUCAAAAAAUCCUCAUCAUGGUCCCGGUUCUGGGCAAAAGAGAAAGGAAGCGAAAAGUCCAUGGAAGCGGAGCAGCGCUCAAAUCAAAAUUCAUUUGCUCAACAGCAACCGAGUAAUAACAGUGCUACUUCUACGGAGACUAUUAAAAAACAAUCUACUUUCUCGCUGCUCUUCUCACGUAAUAGCAAGGCACCAUCUAAAGUCCAGGCAACCGGCUCCACAACUUACGUUUCUUCUCCACCCAAUGGAAUGAUUGGACACUCGCCGAAGGAAAGCUACUUGAGUGAUCCUUGCCGCAUGCCGAUCCACAUCGAGCGAGCAAUCUACAAGAUGUCACAUAUUAAACUAGCAGAUCCCCGAAGGCCAUUGCAUGAACAAGUGUUGAUCUCUAACAUGAUGUUUUGGUAUUUGGGUGUGAUCCAACAGCAACAACAGCAGCUAGAGCUACAGCAGCAGCAGCAAGUACAGCAGUCAUCGCAGAUUCAGCAAGGUGUAGUAGAAGCUAGGCAGACCCAUGACCAGAUGUCGACUCAUUCCUUGGAGGCUAAAGAAAACUCUAGCCAGAAUACCAAGUCGCAUAGUGAUGGUUUGAUUCUGGAAACAAGAGUUGAAGGAUACGAGUAUAUUGUACCACAGCAGGACAGUAACUCUAAUUCACAUGCUCGGCCCCCAAGCAAGAAUAUUGCCCACGAAUCACCACAAAAUGUAUCUUUUAAUGGCCUGCCUAUGAGAGACGAUGCUGAGUAUGACGAGGAGAGCAUGAUCGGGGGCGGCUUUGACGAAGAGUUGGACUGGUCUGAUGAUGAGGUUGAAGGGAAAGAGGACGCAGGAGCAGGUUCUCUUUACCUCCAGAGUGAAGCUCAAGCUUCAAGUAGCUUCCAGAUGCAUCCCAUGCAGUCUGGCUCUAGUCCUAUGCUCGCGUCUCAAGACACAGCUCCAUUGACUUAUUAUCCAGAAUCAAGACGCCCAGACACAGUGUCUGUUUCGUAA